CUUAGCAUGUUAGUUCUAUUUGGAAUUGCUGACAUAUAACAUGAAGAAGAAUCUUAUUAUCCACACGUUUUUGUUUUUGACAGUUUUAGUAAGCCUUUAUGAAACUGUUCACUGCACCCCAGCAGCAAGGCAUCAAGAAAGGUCUCUGUCUGACCCAGUGUUGGCAGAUGAUAUCAAAUGGUUUUUCCGCGGCAUUGGUAACUUUGCCGGCACGGUGGAGCGGAUGCUGCCGAACGUCAAGGCCGAUGCAAAAAAUAAAACUUUUGGAGAAAACGCAAGGAUUUCUCUUCUGACGGGAUUGCGCCAUGUUCUGGUGGGUGUUCGUGAAAUUUCUACGACAUUUGAGCAAAGCUUAAAAACGGAUCAUAUAAAACAAUUACAAAACUUUAAAAACGCUACAAACUUUGUUAAUGACAUCAUAGGGGCCCUGAAAAUGUGGCUUGGCCAGCUACGAGCAUUGGUCAUGCACAUCUAUACGCUAUAUAACCGCUACAUCCCGGAGGUUCUCUUUGGCAAGUGCCUGGGAAAUUACUUGGUUACAAAUUAUCCCAAUCGUUCGUUCUACGAGUAUCCCUUCAUACUUCUGGCCGAAAUAUAUGAAAGUAUCGUAAGCACGGCCACAUCAGCUGAGGUCGCAACAACAGAGGGAGGAGUAGAUGGCAUUGCCACCGAAUCGACGAACAUCGACGAUGAUUUGAAUGUAGCACAAAAUGAAAUAUCUCACACGGAUGACUCCAAUGACUAUGACAACGGUGUCUUUGCCACGAAAUCUCGCCGAAAUGCAGAGGAUGUUUCGUCGGCCGAGAGUAUUUUUAAUCUAAGUACGGUUUUAGAUGACGACAAGGAUAAGAUCAUUGAAAAUGCCGCACAAAAGCAGUCGUGGAAAAUUUGUUUGAAACUAUAUACGGCAGAAAGUAUUUCGCGUUCCCUGAAGAGUUACUUUUUGAAUAUGUAGAGGUGCGUCUAUUUUUUAGGAUUAAUUUUUGUGUGAAUAGUUAACGAAAUUGAAAAAAAAAUACAUAUUUGUAUGUUGGUUAUUACCAAUUAAAAGACAAUAA